GAUCUAGUGAUAUUGGGAGGUCAUGGGUGAAUUUCUAUCGCCUGAGGAGGUGAUCCUGCUAGGACGCUAGUCAAAUUCUUAUUCGCACAUUUAACUAUAUGUGUAAUGUACAGUAAAGGUGCCGAUCUUCACACGGAAGUGCCGGAUAUCGAUCGCCUUCUCACGUACUGAAGAAUAUCCUUAGGCGUUAUGUCAGUGCAGACGAAGUGGGCUGUAGAGAAAGUAGACAUUGGACCUCGACUAUAUUAGUUGUUAGUUUCCGUUUUUUCAGUUAAUCGCCGAAAGCUAUUAGAAAACUUCAUCAUGUUGGAAGUCGUUUAGUCAGGCAUUGUGCCAAGUGAGACUAGGGAAGAUUGCCGAAAGUAAAAGUAGUAGAUCAUAUUGUCGACUGUCCAAAGGAUUUGUAAAUCCGUACAGUGUGUCUCAGGCCAUAAAAUAAUUGUCUACAUAUGCUUUACCUCUUCUUGAUCUGUGCGAUUCUGCCUGGUCUGUUUGUAGAAUCUGGGUCUUCUUCAAGUGAUCCACAAGACUUAUUCGCUAUAAUGUAGAAACCGGCUACAUAAACCAUAUGUCCCCAUGUGCUGCUCUAGAUAUAAAAACAAGGCGUGAUUGCUUGGAAUGUGUGUUAUUUCAAAAUCACUUAUUGGUUGAAACAUGGAGACAAAAAUUGUUUUAUGAUGCAAGACACAAUGAAAAUUUUUCCAUCAAUUGAACAAAACAAAAGAAAAAGGACUAUUCGUAGCCGUUUACAAAACAUCCUAUACCAUAUUUUCAUGUCUUAUUUGGAAACAAUUUUCCAUUUGCUUUUGCGAAUGACGUGUGUCUGGUGCAUUUAAUUUGGCACCUGAGAAAAUAAUCGAAUUUUCUCCGUAGAUAUGAUGGGGGGAGGGGGUGAUUUGGCACCACCACCAUACGUGUUUUCUCUUUUGGCAAAUCAUACCCAUUUUCUUGAAGAGUCACUCUCUAUUACCGUUCAAUUUUAGUGUAUGCUGUUUGAUGUGUGUGAUUGUACAUAUGAUCCACAAGUACGCGCUUGUUUAAGCAUUAAAUGAAGAGAGAGAGCGAGAGAGGGCGAGCGAGAGAGAGCGAGCGAGAGAGAGCUUUUGGUGGAUUUGGUCCGCCGAGAAGUGUGGUCUUACACUUUUGUAAAACGCAAUCCAUUUUUUGGGUGAAAUCGUUCGUCGAUUCGAGUUGCGAGACGCUUAGGAAUGUGAUUCCUAACAGCCGAGCGAAAUUGGUGGAGUGUUUGUGUUAAUGCGAGCAACAACAACAACAGCCGUACUGCCAUGCAAACACGACACACGGGGUAGAUAGAUGAUGAUCGGACUGAACCGAACAAUGUAUGUAUUCGUCCUGUCCGGGCUUAUGGGGUUGGUGAAAAAUCGAUUCGCUGCUGCUGUGUUGUGUUGUGCGGCUUGAACUCCCCACGGUCGUCGUCUGGACCUCGGCCAUGCAGAGUUGUCGUCGCAAUAGGAGAAGCAAAAUUCCGGUAGUCGAAAUUCCGGCGGAAGAGAGAGAGAGAGGAGGGCAUGGAUGGGUAGGAUAAAACGCCAGCUAUGUGCUAUCGAGUUCAAAUCUAGCAUUGCGGCAAUAUGCUGGGCCAAAGUCUAAUUAGAACGAUGAGUCAGUCAGGAGAUGAGAUACAUAGUGCUGCUGGUGUGGUAUGUGUGUUUCUAGUGGUUCGGGAAAUGAGCAAAACGCGAAAACACAAUACAUAAAGCCGUCCCCGCCAUGCCAUUGUGGGGUGGUUCGGCAUUCGUCGGUGUCAUUUGUCCUCGGAAGGACUUCUAGUGAAAAUUAGAAGAAUUGAAUUUCGAUGCGGUGUCUGUGUGUGUGUGUAUGAGUGAGAUAAAUUGAUGAAUCGAUAAAGCGACGAAUGAGAAAUGCGAUGCAAAUGUUGUGUGUUUCUGGAAUGAGGUCUGCAAUCAACGAUAUUGGAAAUAAUUCGGCUUGCAUCGAAUGUGAAAGAUGAGCGAUUGCAUAUCCGUGGUGAACGGAUAAAAUUGAUGUUUAAAUAGAUUUCCAAAAUUAUGCGUGUUGUGUGGUGCUCCAAAAAUGGUUGACAAGCGUGUGGCGCAAGAGACUCUGCAAACAACAAGUGGUGAAAAGGAAACACCGUGAACACAGAUGAAGAACCGAACAGCAGCGGGCGGACACUAGUGAACCGAACUCCGGACAGAAAAAAAGUAGCAUUUUAAUGUAAAAAAGCAAAAGAAAAGAGAAACAAUUGCUAAGCAAACGUAUAAACAGAGAAGGAAUUUGCUUUUCGUUCCGUUUGGUUUUGUUUUCGUCCGACUGAAGGAAGACAGUAAGAAAAGGGAGGAGAGCAAACACGAAAACGAGUAGUGUGUGGUACUUGUAGUAGAAAGCAGCCGUUUUUUGUGAUUUGCUAGCUUUUUACAUACACACACACACACACACACAAGAAUACAUCAACUCGUCUUUUCCACCGUGUACCGUAUAAGUAGUAAUAAAAGUUAAAAAGCAGAAACGAGCUCUCCCCUCCCCCACAGUUUAAAACGCUUGUGGCGGCCUCUCACAAAGUGCGCGAAAAGCGCAGAAGAAAAACGGAAACACACGCACACACGUAAACACUUCCAUCGUACAACAGCACUGCGCCUGGCCCUUCUGCAUCGGAAGGCCGGUUUUGCUCUGCCACACGACCUACUCCCAGGCCACCCCCCCCCUCCCGCGUACGAGCAAAUAUCCUUUCCUCAUGAAGAACGUACAGAGCGACAACGGCACGACGACGAGCGCGCUAUCCGGGGACGCAAGUGGCAGCACCGAAACGGACAAGCAAACACGACUGAUAAGCAAACGCUAAAGCAACGCACCCGAUUGAGUGUGUGUGUGAGUGUGUGUGCGCGUAUGUGUGCGUGUGUGUGUUUGUGUGUGUAUAGUUAGUAGGAUAAGGGCGCCUCAUAGCUCCUCUCACGUAUGACGAAACAAGCACGGCUGUGUGGGGAUACAUAUAUGACCAGUAGUAGCAGCAGCAGCAGCAGCAGUAGUACGUGUAAUCAUACAACGAUAGAGCCAAGGGUCCACCGAUCUAUUUUUUAUACACGAAUUUAAAAUGGAUGCCUACUAUCGAUACGAUCCGACUGCCCCUCGGGGGAUGGGCCCACCAGGUAGCAAUGCCGGUGGACCGUACGCGCGGCAUCGGGCCCCACACCCAAUGCAGCAGCAGCAACCGCCGCCGCAGUCGCAGUAUCCUUCCUACCACCAGCCGGCCGGCACGGAUUCGAUGUACUCGAUGCCGGACCACAGUGCCGCCGGUAUGGCCGGAAUGGGUGAUGUGGUGUGGGGUGCGCAGCCUCCACCGCCACCGCAAGCCAAUCCGUACGCGUCCCCGAUGGGGUACGGUCUCCCACAAGGACCACCCCAAGGACCAACGCAGCGCCAAACGCCUACCGGAUACCGGCAGCACAUGGGAGGAUAUCCGCAACAGGAUCCGCAAAAGCUGCAAUAUCCCACGCAGCAAUCGAUGAUGGGCGGCAUGAUGCCACCUCAGCAAGGCUAUGGCUCCUUGAGUCAGCCCCAGCAGCAGCAGCAGCAGCAGCAACAACAGCAACAACAACCUCCCCAGCAACAGCAACCCCAGCAGCAGCAGCAGCAGGCUCAGCAGCGUGUAUCGCAACACUAUCCUCAGCCGGGCCACUCCAUGUACCCGGGUGCACCGUCCGCGGCACAGUCCGCGUACGGUGCGUACGGUCCGGCUGCCGCGGCCAUGCAGCAGCAUGCGGCGCGAUCCGCGCAACACGUUUACAAUCAGCAUCAGCUGGAUCCGAGCGGCGGCUACGGGCAGCAUCUCGGUGGUCAGGUACCCACAAGCCUGCAUCAACUCGGUGCGCCCCAGCAGCAGCCGCCCGGUGGUGGUGGAGUCGUACCGGGAGGACUAGCUCCGACGCAUCCGUCGCAGCAACCCUCCCAUCUGCCUCCCCAAUCCCAGCAGCAGCAGCAGCAGCAGCAACAGCAGCUGCACCAAGCCCACAACAAUCAACAGCAACAUCCGGGGCUGUCGAGUCUGGGAGGAGGCCCACAAUCUGCACAGCAGCAGCAGGGACAGCAUCCCGGUAUGGUGCACCCGGGUGCGCAACAGCCUAACGCGCCCGGUGCCGGAUUGCACGGGCUUGGUGGACCACUCGGCGUACCGCAACAACAGCAGCAUCCGAUGACGCACGGUUCCGGCAUGCCGGGUGUACCCGGUGGGGGUGGAGGUGGUGGCGGCGCUGGUGGACCGGGUGGUGGUGGAUACGGUGCGAGUGCACCGCAGCAACAAUCGUACCUGCCGAACGCUGCAUCGAAGCAACAGCCCACCCAGCACGGUGGAAGCCCCCAGUAUCGGGCACCCUUCCCCCAGCUCUCCCCCCAGAUGUCACCCCGUCCACCGCAAAUGUCGCCCCACACGCAGAUGUCACCGCGUCCGGUAAUGUCGCCGGCAAAGCCACCGGGACCGCCGGUUGUCACGUCGCAAUCGCCCCAAGCGACGAUAACGUCCACACAUUCGCCCCAUCUGGGUGCGGGGAUAGUGGCCGGUAGCGGUGGUAUGCAGAGUCCUCGACCGCAGACCGGCACGAAGCUAACCGCGUCCAGCUCGGGCGGUAGCGUCGUAAGCGGUCCUGGGGCAGGUGUCAACACGACGCUGCAAGCGCUGGAGCAGAUGGUUAUGCCACCGUCCGGUGCGACCGGUAUGGAGUACGCGCAGGCAGCAGCGGCGGCAGCAGCGGCAGCAGCAGCAGCGGCAGCCGCUGGUUAUCGCGGUGGUCCACCGACCCAUCAACAGCAGCAGCAGCAGCAGAUGGGUGCGAACAAUCCACUGUCCCCGCUGGGACCUCGGCUACCGAUGUCUCCCCAGCAUCAGCACCAACACCAGCAGCAACAUCAGCAGUGGCCACCAAUGGCAGCCGUUCAGCAGCAGCAGCAGCAGCGUCCUGGUAGUGGUGGCAUUAAUGGAAGUGCACAUCACGGUAUGGCAGGGCCAAUUGCACCGCCCGGUAGCCAUAUGCCGCCGAUGCACGCACCCCAUGCCCCGCACUUACAUCCGGGCGCACACGGGCCGCCACCAUCGCACGCGCAGCAGAUCAGUCAGCUGAAUGACAUUUCCAGCCUAAUUCCACCCGUGUCGCAAACCAGCAUGCCUGUGAUACCGCCGCCCUCGGCAACCGGUCCACCAGGGCCCCAGGCUUACGGCAGUUUAGACGAUAAAGGGCAGCAUGGCGUUGUUGGCGGUGUCGAUGUGGCUACCUCGGUCGCAAACGUUCAGCAGCAACAGCAACCUGUACAUAGUCUACACCAACCACACCUUUCGCAACCUACCGGAGCGCAACCACCUCAACAGCCACCCCAAAUGUCCGCCAUGCAGCAGCAAAUGCAACAGCAGCAGCAGCAGCAGAUGCUAACGCAGCUGCAACCGGGAUCACACCUUCCGCCACCAUCUUCGGCCCAACAUCAUGCUCCCGGUGGUGGUGGUCCGCAGCAGCACCAGCAGCAGCAACCUACGAUGCAUCACAGCACACUGGCAGCGAUGCAACCGGCCACCGGACAUAGCGGUGGAAGUCUGUCGCAUUCGAUCUCGCAGCAGCUUCACUCGCCGUCAUUUAAUGACGAGAUGCUGAUGUCGCCAAGCGGCCCAAAUCAGCAUUUGCAGAGCGUGAACAACAGUAUGUCACAGCAGCAGCAACAAUCUCAACAAAUGCAGCAGCAACAGUCAAAGCAGCAGGCAAAUCAGCAGCAGCAAGGUGGUGCUGGUGGUUCAUCGCUGAACGAUCUACCCUCGAUGCAACAUGCGCAUUCUCACCAACAACAACAUGCACAUCCGCAUCAGCAGGGAGUGGUUGAGCUGCCACCGAUAUCUUCGAUUACGGAUCAGCAACAGCAGCAGCACCAUAUGCAGCACCAUCAUCAUUUACACCACCACCAUCAGCAUCAGCAGCAACAGCAGCAACAACAGCAGCAGCAGCAUCAGCAACAACAACAGCAUCACCAGCACCAUCAUCAUCAGCAACAGCAGCACCAGUCUCAGGCGCAACACCAUCAGCAGUCAGCCGGGAUGGUGGAUCCCGUUGCAGAACAGCAACAGCAUCAUCAUCACCAACAGCAGCAGCAGCAACAACAACAACAACAGUCUCAGCAGCAGCAACAACAGCAGAUGCAACAUCACCAUCAACAGCAGCAGCAGCAACAGCAGCAACAACAACAACACCACCAGCAGCAGGUGUCUGUUCCUCCAUCAUCCGAUUUCAGCUUAAUCGAUAGCUUAGCGUCGAGCAAUGCGAACGAAGCGCCCUCUAGCUUGGGACCUUCCAUGAUGGGCAAUACCGGUGGUGCUGCUUCGUCGGUGUACUCGCACGAUACUACGCUUACACCCCUGGUGCCGAGUGGUGCCGAAGUGGCCGAUGCCCGUCAGCAGCAGCAACAGCAAUCCCAUCAACAACAUCAGCAACAUUCGCUUUCGGCCGAGCAGGCUACGACCGGCAGUAGCAGUAGUAAUGAAGAAUCUCGCGACAGUAUCGUGCCUGCGCCGGCCGAAUCGAACACGGACGAGUCGAAAUCGUCCAACUCGAACUCGCUCAUGUCCGGCACAGACUUUGAGGCGCUGCAUCACCAUCAGCAGCAGCAGCAAAACUCCGGCACGGCAGGGAUGCUUGGUCUCGGUCAGGACAAUCUGCAAUCAGGUGGUGGUGGUGUGUUGGAUGACUCGUUGAAGGAUUCGUCCGCCGGCAUGGGAGACGGUGGUUCGUCGUUGUUGGAUUCGGCGAAGCAGGCGGGCGAGGAAACGCUUGGUGGAUAUCAUUCGGAUGGAAGUAUGCUGCAACCGAGUGGAAACACGGACACGUCUGCGAUGGAUCAGCAGCAACUGUUGCUGGACUCGGUGGCGUCCGAUGUGGUAGCGCCGGCUGGACUGACGGACCUACAGGCGCCUGAAGUGACGACCGCAACCAAGAGUCCCAAUGAGCCGCUUGUGCCGACAUCCACCACAACGGCGGUGAGCGACAGUACGAUAUCGCCCGGUGGCGAACCAAUCAUCUCGACGAGCAGCAGCAGCAGCAGCACCGGCCUCAUGGCUGGCGUUGGUGGACAACCAACGACCGUGACCGGUCCUUCGGCGGCGGCUACCUACGCGCAAGCGUUGAGUGGUCAGAUGCCACAAACGAUGGCCGGUUCGGCACCAGCACCUGGCUCGACAAUGUACGGAAUGCAUCAAGUCGGUGGUACGAUGAUGCAGCAGCAGCAGCAGCAGCAGCAGCAGCAACAACAGCUGCCGGGAGUGCCACCAGCCACAGUCGGAGGUGACAUGAUGGUUCCACCACCACCGCCGCCCUAUCAAACGCCACCAAUGAUGUCGCACAGCCAAGAACGGGCGGCAAUCAAACAGCAGAUGCAGGACAUGUACAAGCUCCCGAUGGCGGACAAUCAAGAGAAGAUGAUGCGCCUGCAAGAGCGGCUGGCAAUGUUGCAACAGCACGAAGCGGCAGACGGUUGCCAGGGUGUUGGCCCGCAGCCCUGUCUACUGAUGCAACCGCCCCACCCGCUGUACCCUGUCGCACCGACGAUGACGUCGGCCGCAGCAGCCGCUGCAGCAGCCAUGAUCGACAGUCCGCAGGUGACGAGCACGACGGGGCGUGGGCGCGGCCGAACACCGUCCAGCAAACCGCGUAAACCGCGUGCGAAGAAGGGUGACAAACAGGAGGCGGCAGCAGCCGGAGCAGCAACCGUCGUAGGUCAGACGGGGCUCAUCACGUCCGGUGAUGAGACUUCGCAAUCGAACGUCGUUGCACCGAUGUUCUCGACGGCAGCCGCCGCCACAGGCAUCACAACACCGACACCAACCACGCUGCUACCCGUGUCGGAAGACUCCGUGACAGCGGGCACCGGACUGCCCGAGGUUAGUCCCGAUGGCAGCAGUUUCCACGAGCUAAUGUCGCUGGAGAGCAGCGGUGGUGGAAUCGGUGGCACCGGUGGUGAUCUGUCGCAGGACAAUCUAUCCUGCACCGGAGACCUGGACACGUCCACCGAUGCCAGUGGUAAGAAAAUCAAGAAACCGCGUAAACCGCGGGAACCCAAAAAACCGGCCAAGGGUGAGGGCGGGAAGGAAUCGGCAACACCGAAGAAGGAAAGCAAAAAGAAAGAAUCGAAGGAAAGCAAGAAGAAGAAGAAGAAGAGUGUGGCGUCGAGCGACGGUGACAAUUCGCUGUCGAUGGAGGAUGAACUGCCGGACGGUGGGAUUGCUGCUGAGCUGGAGCUUUCCAAAUCCGGCACGAACACGAGCGAAACGGACGAAAACCAAUCGUUGGCUUCGCUGAUGAAUGCACAAAACUCGAACGACGCUAAUGCUGCUGCCCCGAGCAGUGCAGUAGUGACCGGCGAGAGUGGGGCGGACGAGGGCAAGGAAUCGGUGACGGCGAGCAGCGUGGUCGUCGAGUCUACGGCAAGGGAAGACACUGAUGCGACAUCUUCGAAUGUGGCUGUCGAUGGGGAAGAAGGUGGAGAAGGAGAGAAGGAUCACGAGAAGAUGGCCACAAAGGACGAGGAACAGGAAGGAGGAGAAGACGGUGGUGAGGUUGAUGGUGGAGCGGAUCAGUCGUCGUCUAAGGGUGGAGCAAUAACUACCACGACUGAAGCAACGGAGGGUGGUAGUGCUGUCCCGAUGGAAGAAGUAACGGACUUUGAUGAUAUCCCCGUAUCGAAGAUAAGCAAGAGCGAGCUCGCGAAGGAGGACGAUCCGGAAAAGAAGGACACGCCCGAUGAAAGUCUUGCCGCGGUCGAGCCGGAGGCGGAAACGCCGACCAAGAGCAAAAGCAAGAAGAGCAGUAAAAAAAGCAAAGAACCCGGCAGUUCCGAGGGUGGAAGCAGCAGCAGUAGGAAUCGUAGCCGCCCGAGCGGCGGUGGUAGCUCCUCCUCGCGCCGCAGCGGUGGCAGCAAAUCGGGCGGCGGUGGAUCGAAGAGCCGAUCGCGCCGCAGUCGCAUGAUCGUUACCGAGUCGGAUGGUGAAGGGGAUGAUUUGCUAAGCACACCGCCACCAUCGCCUCCACCGGACACGGAAGCGGACAGCUCGAAGCGCCGUUCGGCACGUAACACGCAGCGCAAAAAGUACGUCGACGAUGUGAUGUUACGCUUUUCCGACGAUGAGUCCGGAAUUAUUUCGCCAACACCUCCUACCGGCAGCCGGAAGGAUCGCCGGUCCGAUGGUGGUUCGGACCGUAAGGAGGGUUUAGCUCCGACGGACGGAUCGGUAGUGGGUGGUGCCGAAGCAGGCGGUGAAGCAGCCCCGGAUGGUUCCGUGACAGGGGGAGCUAGUGGAGAAGCUGCUGGUAGUGCCGGUACAGCCGGCGGUGAGCUGGCGACGGAUGAAAGCAAAGUGAGCACAUCGGACACCGCGAAACUGGCACCGGGUGCGACGGCAGAGCUUGGUCCCGAUGGUAAGCCAUUAGACGAUGCAUCGAAACCUAAUGCAAACUACGUGUACGUCAACACAUCGGAGGAGGAUUCGAUGGUUGUACAGUACGUGCUGGCAGUGCGUAAAGGGCGGCGGGAACUGAAACCAGAUCCUCCACCACCUCCACCGAAGGAGAAAACUCCCGAACCUGUGGAGGAGGGAGCUUCGGAAGACGCGGUCAAAAGUGAACCGAAGGAUGAUGGUGCAGAGGUAGCGGUGCCGGACGAAACCGCCCAUAAGGCAGCGGAUGUGGCAGUGAAGGAAGAAGCUAAAGAAACUCCUGCCGAGGGUGAGAAAGAGAAGGAAGAGAGCCCAGCGGUGGUGGUUGAUUCCAAGGGUGAAGAAAUGGCUGACGCUAAAAGCGAAAACAAGGACGAUACAUCUACGACCAGUGACGCAGUUCCAAUGGAUACGGAUGUAGAAGCUGCUUCCAGUACGGAAAAGAUCCCCGGGGAUGUCAGCGGUAAAAGUGCUGAAAACGAAGCAGACGCACCUGCUGCUGCCGAGACAUCCAAAGCCGAAGAGAAGAUGGAAACGGAUGAACACAGUCCAUCAGAAGGGGCCAACGAUAAACCGAGUACGGCGGAUGCUGAGCCAAAAGAAAACGAGCCUACGGAUGUAGUGAAGGAAAGCAUGGAGACGGGCGUGGAGCCGUCCAAAGCUGCAACCGAUGACACUGAUAAGGCGGAAGAAAAAGCUGCUUGUGCUCAGUCGAAUGGUGGAGACGCGUCGCAAGAAUUGUCCGCUGACCAACAAGCGGAUGCCAGCAAACAGUCGGCCGAGGAAAAAGCUGUCGGCGGCGUGGAAAAGAUGGAAGUAGACGAAGCCACUGCUGCUGAUGAUGGGGAAAGCAAGAAGCCGGAGGGCGACGUUGUCAAGCAGGAAGAAGAAUCGGAUGAAGCUAAAGCCACCACCACUGACAAGGGAGCAGAAGUGGUCAAGCAAGAGGAAGGCGCGAGUGCAGCAACGGAAGAGGAAAAGAAACCCGAGCCGGUGUUUAUCGACGUGGAAGAGUACUUCGUGAAGUAUCGCAACUUCUCCUACCUGCACUGCGAAUGGCGCACCGAGGAUGAGCUGCUGAAGGGCGACAAGCGCGUGGGUAAUAAAAUCAAGCGCUUCCUGAUGAAGCAGCAGCAGCAGCUAAAUAUUUUCGAAAGCCUGGACGAGGAACCGUUCAAUCCGGACUUUGUGGAGGUGGACCGGGUGCUGGACGUGUCGGAGCUGGUGGACGACGAGGGCAAAACGGUGAAGCACUAUCUGGUGAAGUGGAAGAGCUUGCCGUACGAGGACAGCACCUGGGAGCUGGAGGACGAUGUCGAUCAGCUGAAGAUCGAGCAGUACUACAAGUUCAACAAGAUUCCACCGAAGAGCGAGUGGAAGACGAAGAAGCGGCCGCAUCCGGACCAGUGGAAGGCGUUGCCGGAAUCGCCCAUCUUCAAGGGUGGCAACAAGCUGCGACCGUACCAGCUGGAAGGUUUGAACUGGUUGCGGUACUCCUGGUACAAGGGCAACAACUGCAUACUGGCGGACGAGAUGGGUCUCGGCAAGACGAUCCAGAGUCUCACCUUUGUAAACUCCGUGUACGAGUACGGUAUUCGCGGACCGUUUCUGGUGAUUGCGCCGCUCUCGACCAUCCCCAACUGGCAGCGCGAGUUCGAAGGGUGGACGGAGAUGAACGUGAUCGUGUACCACGGGUCGGCCACGAGCCGGCAGAUGAUACAGGACUACGAGGUGUACUAUCGCACGGAGACGGGCAAACUGAUCCGGGACAUUACCAAGUUUAACGUGCUGAUCACAACGUUCGAAAUGAUCGUGACCGACUAUCAGGAUCUGAAGAACUUUACGUGGCGCGCCUGCGUCAUAGACGAGGCGCACCGUUUGAAGAACCGAAACUGUAAGCUGCUCGAAGGGCUGCGGCAGCUAAAUCUGGAGCAUCGCGUGCUGCUUUCCGGCACCCCGCUGCAGAACAACGUGAACGAGCUGUUCUCGCUGCUCAACUUCCUCGAGCCGAGCCAGUUUGCCUGCAGCGAAGAGUUUUUGCGCGAGUUUGGCAGCCUCAAGACGGAGAGCGAGGUGUUGAAGCUGCAGGCCCUGCUGAAGCCGAUGAUGUUGCGUCGGCUGAAGGACGAUGUGGAAAAGUCACUGGCGCCCAAGGAGGAAACGAUCGUCGAGGUGGAGCUGACAAACAUACAGAAAAAGUACUACCGUGGCAUUCUGGAGCAAAACUUCUCCUUCCUCAUGAAGGGCACAACGUCCGCAAACAUUCCGAACCUGAUGAACACGAUGAUGGAGUUGCGCAAGUGCUGCAUCCAUCCGUAUCUGCUGAAUGGGGCGGAAGAUCAGAUCCAGUACGAUUACCGGCAGCAGCACGGUGAGGAUGCGGAAUCGUACUACAAAAAUCUGAUCGUAUCGUCCGGUAAGAUGGUGCUGAUCGAUAAGCUGCUGCCGAAGCUGCGCGCCAACGGGCACCGGGUGUUGAUUUUCAGCCAGAUGGUGCGUUGCCUCGACAUCCUGGAGGACUAUCUGAUGUACAAGAAGUAUCCGUUCGAGCGUAUCGAUGGGCGCAUCCGGGGCAAUCUGCGGCAGGCUGCGAUCGAUCGCUACUCGAAGCCGGAUUCGGACCGAUUCGUGUUUCUGCUGUGUACGAAGGCGGGCGGUUUGGGCAUUAACUUGACCGCAGCCGACACGGUCAUCAUCUACGACAGCGACUGGAACCCGCAGAACGAUCUGCAGGCGCAGGCCCGUUGCCAUCGUAUUGGGCAGCAAAAGAUGGUUAAGAUCUAUCGAUUGCUCUGUCGCAACACGUACGAGCGCGAGAUGUUUGACAAGGCGUCGCUAAAGCUCGGGCUGGACAAGGCGGUGCUGCAGAGCAUGAACACGGGCCAGAACAAGGACGGUACGCAGCGCCAGCUGUCGAAGAAGGAGAUUGAAGAUCUGCUGAAGAAGGGAGCGUACGGUGCCGUGAUGGAUGACGAUGCGGGCGAUAAGUUCUGCGAGGAGGACAUCGAUUCGAUCCUGUUGCGCCGCACGCAGAUCAUUACGAUGGAAAGCGAAAAGGGGUCGACCUUCUCGAAGGCAUCGUUUGCUGCGUCGGCCAACCGGAGCGAUAUCAACAUCGACGAUCCGGACUUUUGGAACAAAUGGGCGAAGAAGGCGGAAAUCGAUCCGACCGCUUGCGAGAAGGACGAGACGGAAGAUUUGGUCAUUGCGGAACCGCGCCGCCGUACGCAAAUCAAGCGUUACGGGCACGAUGACGGUGUGAUGGACAUCUCGGACGAAUCGUCCGGCGAGCAGGGCAGCGACGGUGAGGAGGGUGGAAUCGGGCUGAAAACGCGCAGCAAGCGGACGCGUGGCGCGAAGGAGCGCAAGAAGCUGCAGCAACAGAUGCAGCACGACGAUUAUGUGCCGCGCGAUCGUGAAACGCUUGCGGUGCUCGGUGCCGACGAGGUGUCGUACGGCAACUGGGCACGGUCGGAGUGUUUCAAGGUCGAGAAGGGAUUGCUCUCGCAUGGUUGGGCUCGUUGGACGGAAAUUCUCGAACAGGGACAAUUCAAGCGUGGCUGGCGAGAGCAAGACGUAGAGGAUUGUGCACGUGUGAUUCUGCUGUACUGUCUGGAGCGUUAUCAGGGUGAUGAAAAGAUCAAAAACUUCAUCUGGGACUUGAUUACACCGAACGAAGGUGGUGAGCAGCGUGAAAUUGCACGCAAUCACAGCGGUUUGCACAAUCUAGUGCCGAGAGGACGCAAUGCAAAGGGACGUAAAUCAUCGUCAGCGUGUACUACACCGAAGCGCGAACCGUCCAAUUCCACCGCUACGGGAAGUAACGGUGGUGGUGGUGGUUCGCCAGUAGUAGCCCAACCGGCGGCUGCUGCUGCUGCUGGUUCGACCACACCACAAUGCAGUGCGGCGGCGGCGGCUGACGCAAACGAAGAUGCAUCCUCCAACUCGUCCGGCACGAAGGCGGAAAAAUCGGCCAAAUCUGGCUCGGACACGGGCGGCACAACGACACCGGUCUCCGAUCCGCACCACUGGAGCAAGGACGAAAAAUACGACACCGAGACGCUGCUCGACAUCAACUACAAGAAGCAUCUUACCAGACACGCAAACAAAGUGUUGCUGCGCGUUCGUAUGUUGUACUACAUAAAGCACGAGGUGCUCGGCGAUUUGGUUAACCAAAUCAACGAAGGUGCCAAUGCCAGCGAUCUCCCAAUUCGGCCACCGCCUACGCCCGAUCAGCUGCCGUGCUCAUGGUGGAAUCCAAAUUGUUGCGAUCGAAGUUUGUUGGUGGGAACGUACAAACAUGGCUGCGAAAACUACCGUGGGAUGCGGGCGGAUCCGAUGCUCUGCUUCCAGAGCCACUGCGGUCCCGGUGAUGGCACCAUCGAAGAGGCGACGAUUGUCAAAGAAAAUGAUGAUGACGCAAACUCGAAGCUGGGCGACAACGAGGAAGAUCCGGAAGAUGGUGUUCCAUCGGAAACGACCCCCCGAUCGGCAUCGGUCGGUAUCGAGUCAAAGGACGAUGAUGAAGAAUCCACAGUUGGAACGGCUAGUGCGGCACCGACACCGGCCCCAUCGGACAUGAAUCCCGAGCUGGCCUGGCCAUCGAUGCAGGAUCUAAACACCCGGUUACGGCGCGUCAUCACCUCGUACCAGCGCAACUACAAGAAGGAGGAGCUGAAGCAGCAGCAGAAGGCGAAGCUACAGACGAUUGUGCCCCCACCCGGCACACCGACCCUUUCCGGUCAAACGUCCUCAUCACCAUCAACGCCCUCAACAACACCUGGCCCCAUGAUCAUCACGCCAUCACAGCAACAAGGACAGCAGCUGACAGCGUUGCAGCAGCAGCAGCAGCAACAACAGCAACAAGUCGUCGCCGGUCAGAUUGUCGGCGGAGGUUCAGCAAUGGUGGUGGGCGGCUUAAACCAUCCUUCGGCCACGGGGGGUGGUGGUGGGCCCGCCGGGGCAAACGCCGGUAGUCUUGUUGGACUAGGCGGGUCCGCCACCGGGCCCCAGGGUAAAGCGGGCGCACAGCAGCCAAUAGCUUCAACCAGCGGUAACGGUGGUGCUGGUGGUCUGCAAGCACCCACGGCUGGUAUGCCGACGGCGGCUGACUUUAGUCUGAUGCUUAGCCUGGGCCUCGGUCUGAAUCCGGCCGAUCCGAAUCAGCUGGCGAACAUAGAUCUUCAGAAACUAGCAAUGUAUUUGAAAAUGGAACGUCGCGAGAAAAAUGAGCAGGUUAUGCGUGAACGAGAACGUGUCCGGUUGGAUCAGAUACCGAAGAGAUGGACCCGUCGCGAGGAAAACGAAUUCAUCCGCGUCCUUACCGGGUAUGGUAUCGAUCUGCAACCCAACACGACCGUCCCUACUCCCGACUGGAGCCGCUUCAAGGUGUUCGCCAAGCUGGACAAGAAGACGGACGAAAAUUUGAGCGACUUUUAUAAGGUGUUCAUUGCGAUGUGCAAACGGCAGGCGGGCGUUAAGCUAAGCGACGACGAGAAAGGGCUCGAGGGUCUCGUGGACGACGUUACGGAAGAUCAUGCCAAGCUGAUACUGGACCGGCUGGAGCUGUUGUCGAAGGCGCGCCAGAUAGUGAAACAUCCCAAGCUGGAGGAAAACAUUCGUCUGUGCGAAAAUAAUCUCGACACGCCCGACUGGUGGAUACCGGGACGGCACGAUCGGGAGCUGUUGCGUGCCGUGCUGAAGUAUGGUAUCUAUCGGUCGGAACAGCUGAUUCUGGCGGACUCCGACUUUCCCUUCUACGAGGCGGCUAAGAAGUAUCUGCAGCAGCUAGAGAUGCAAAUUCAGCUGCAAAACCAGCAGCUGCUCAAGAUGCAAGCAGAGGCUGCAGCGAAGGCCGAUGCAGUGGCUGCUAAGAAGGCGGCACCGCCGUCGGAGGUAGUUACCACACCGGAGAAGGUUAGGAACGCUGAUUUGCCCGUCAAGCAGGAAAAGGAUACCAUCGUGCCGGCGGCUACUGCUGCGAUGGAGGUUGAUGGAGAGAAGGCGGUAGUCGGGGAUGUGAUGCCGAAGGUGGAGACGCCGGUUGUGGCACCUGCUUCACCUGUCAAGGUUGAGGUUGAUGAAGCUGCUGAAGCAGUUGAUUCGGCGACAAGUGCUAAAUCGCUGACGGAAACUGCGCCAUCUGUUGAGAGUCCGGAAAAAGAAACUCUGGCAUCGGUAGGAAGUCCAAAGAUGGUGGAGAACGCUUUGCAGGAAAGUUCCGAGCCCUCGAAAGAACAAAAAAUGGAAACGGAGAACGAAACUGCCGAGAAAGACGCUACGCCGAAGGUUUCGGAAACCGAGCCUGCAGAGAAGGACGUGUCGCCUGAGGUAGCAGCGGAACCUGCUUCCGAAAAAGAAAGCGUUGAAGAAAAACCUGCAGCUCCGACUGCUAGUUCUCCUGCUAAGCUGGACGGUGGCGAUGCUGAGGUGAAGGAAGAUGCAAAGGUAGACGAAGAAGCUGUUAAAGAACCAUCAACCGUACCAGCGAUCGAUUCGGUAGAAAAGUCUCCAGAGGAGAAGCAAACCGAUGAAACAGGCACAUCAGAAAUCACCGAAAAGCAGGAAGAACAGACUGAAAAGACCACCAAGGACGUUCCGGUCGAAGCUGAGAAGGAAUCUACAAUGGAGGAAAACGGAAGCGAUAAACCAGAACAGCCGGAAGCUGUUGUCGCUGGUGAUGAUGAGAAAAUGGAAGUCGACGCUAGUGAUGCUAAGGACAAGGAAACGACAGAAGUACCGCCGAAGGAAACGGAAGCGAAGGAACCUGUUGUGGAAGCUGUCGCCGAGACGAAACCGGAGCAAGCUGUUGUUGACACCAGCAGCAGCAGCAAGGAUUCCGUUCCGGAUAAGGAGGAUCCGCAAGCUAAGGAGGCAGAGGUUGAAAAGAUGGAGACGACUACCGCGGCGGUAGCAGAAGCUGAUGAUAAAUCGAACGGGAAAGAAUCAGAUACUGCGGACGCCGUCCCCGUGCCUGCAGCUGCUGCUGAUGAGGCUAUGGAGGUAGACGAACCAACGGCAACCACGGAAAAGAAGGACGAGAAAACUGCCGACGACUCGCCAAAACCGGAAGUGCAAAAGGAGGAGGAGAGCGUUAAACAACCCGCGGAAGAACCAACACCAAUGGAGCCCAGCUCGCCCGGUAGUGAUUCGAACAAAACGGACGAUGAAAAGAAAUCUGAAGUUAUUGUAACGCCGCCGCCGCCGCCGGCCCAGUCACCGAAGUCUCCGAAGCCAGAGCCAGAAGUGGACUCGUCAAAGGUUGCGAUCGAAGAAAAGGAUAAGCAGGAGGAAACUGUUGCCGAGUCCGUGAAAGAACCCGAGGCUGAGGUUGCAAGUGAAGCGAUGGAAGUUGUCAAGGAAACGGCCCUCGAAAAGGAAAAGCCAGAAACGGAGGAAGCAGCCGGCAAGGUUGCAGAAUCUUCUCCUAAGCCAGAGGCAAAGGUCGGAGCACCGGAAGCAGAAACAGCUGCUGCUGCUGCUGCUCGUUCGUCACCGGUUAAGGAGGUGAAAGAUGAUGAGCCGAUCUCGGUUACCGAUCAGGAGAAGAAGCCAACGGAAGCAGAAUCUGAGAAGGAAAAGGAUGCUGAAGCUGUAGAGAAGCCAGCUGGAAAUAUCGCCGAAAAAGCGGUGAAGCAAGAGGCGGAAGUAGCGGUCGAACCUGCUGCGGUUGUAGCUGAAAAGGGCAGCGACGGUGUGGUUGCGGUGGUAACUCCGGCGGCCGCCGAUGAUGCCAAGACGGAAGAGGCACCGAAGAAACAACCGGUCGCACGUUCACCAUCGCCAGACGUUAUCAUUGUGGAGGAGAAGAAACCGAUCGAGGUGAAAGCGGCGAUCGUGAAUCUGACCGAUGAGGAACGUUGCUCGCAGCAAACCGCUGCGCUGAAGGCACGCUUCCCGGAUCUGGAAGUGUUCCAGCCGCUGAUGAAACUGAAGCAGCUGGACAGCAGCCUCACAAAGGAGGAUCUAAAGAAUAUGAGCAAGUUUGCCAGCAUGAUCGACACCUCGAUGAUCGUAAAGUGGUUCCGCGAUUUUGCGCUGGAGCGUCGCGUCGGUCACAUCAUCUACUGCGUGGAGCAUGGCGAGUGGCCGGUGGGCAAAUCGUACUCGGCCUACACGGGCUGUCUCGGUAUCGAUCUGGACAUCCCGCUGUACGAAACGAUCAAGCGCAUCAUCCCGGUGAACGAUGAUGUGCGCCGGUCGGCAUCGAGCACACCGGACGUCAUUACGAUCACGACCGACCAUCAGAAUGCGAAGCAGAUCAGCAAUCAGGCUGCGGCCAUCCAGCAGCAGCAGGUCGGUGGUGGUGGUGGUAUUGCAUCGGCCGGUGGAAAUAUGAGCGCUAGUGGUAGUGGUGGCAGCAGUGGCAUGCUCGGAGCGACAGCGGCAUCAUCGUCCUCGGCGGGGGCAAUGAACCAUCAGUCGAUGUCGGUGGCGGCGGCGGCACAUGCCGCAGCGGCAGCUCAUGCGGCAGCCGCGGCCGCAGCUGCUGGCGUGACGGUACCGCCCGCAAGUAAGAAACGCAAACGCCACAUUGCUAUCGAUGUUGAAACCGAGCGAGCGAAAUUGCAUGCGCUGCUGAAUAAUACACAGAGUCCAGUUCCAACUGGAAAGGCGCAGCCUUCGCACACAUCUACAUCGAACAGCGGUGCUGGAGGUGGUCUGCAGUGGAACGAUGAUGACGUCCAGGAGGUGGUCAGCAGCAGAUCCAAUGCGCGCGGCGGUGGAUCGAACAGUGCAAACUCGAACGUGCUGCAACCGCCUCCGGCGCAUCAGCACGGCCCACGCAACCAGAUGUCGUACCCGAAGCCCCAGCUCAUUCCCGGUACAUCCAGCACACUAACACCAAUCGAUCUGUCCUCGAGCUACAGCCUACCGAAGGUUAACAUUGCCGAUAUGAUCAAAAGCAGCAGCGGAAUGGGCGGUGGUCCGAUGGAUCUCAGCGAGGUGCAGGACUUUUCGAUUGGCAAAAACAAAAAGUCCUCCAGCAGUCAGCAGCUGCCGAGCGGUAUCAGCAUAACGAGCGCUAGCGGUCCCGCAUCCAGCCUGAUGCUGGGUCACCAUCAUCAGCAGCAGCAUCAGCAGUCGCCCUCGGCAGCGGUGGCUGCGGCAGCGGCUGCCGGUAAGGGCAAGCUGAACGAUAUGCUUUCGAAGCUCAUGAAGAAAAACAACGUGAGCGUACCGAUCGAAGAACCGCCGCUCGGGAAGGAGAAGAAGCGUCGCAAGCUGGAUGAGAUCGUGCUCGGGCUGUCGGCCGCGAAGGAGCAUAAAACCAUUUUCGGUGAUCCGACACCGCCCGGCGGAAGCUUCUCCGGCAGCUCGAUGAAAAAGCCGCAAAUACCACCGUCGGUUUCGGUAACGCCGGCGAGCGCACCGACGUCCGCUAGCCAGCAGCCGCCCCAGAAACCGUUCACCAUUACCGUCACGAGCGUGCCGGGCAAUCCGAAGGGCGGCGGCAGCAACCAGGGCUCGUCGUCGUCCGGCGUGGGAGGUUCGGCGUCGAGCAGUGGAGCUAGUGCGGCCGCAGCAAGCAUGCAGGCAGCGCUGCAAGGCAUGUCCGGGAUGGGCAGCGCCAUGUCGACGAAGGACAGCCUUAAUGCACUGUUUGCGCAGGCCGCCCAGGUGGAGCAACAGUCGUUCUUGAAGCAACAGCAGAAACUGAUCCAAUCGCUACCGGCCAACUCACCGCAGCGCAAAGCUUACGAAGCUAUGUUUGCGGAAAUGAAGCAGGCAGCCGAGCUGAGCUCGAAGCUUGGUCAGUACGGCAGUGCGCACGAUGCGAAGGUGAACAAGUGGCUCGCAGAACAGACGGCCGCACUGACGGAGCAGGCGAUGGGCAUGGACUAUCUGUCCCGGUCUCGAUCGCGGGGCGGUUCGUCGGCGCAAAAUUCACCACAAGGUGGCGGCGGAUCGAGCUCACGUUCGACGCGAGGCUCUGCUAACAGUCUGCAACAGCAGCAACAACAGCAGCAGCAACAACAACAUCAUCACCAACAGCAGCAGCAGCAACAUCAGCAGCAACAACAGCAGCAGCAGGCGGACAGCAAUCCGAUGGCAUUCAACUGGAAGAACUUAACCGGCGAUGAGUACGUUGCCGUCAUCAACAAGAUCAACGGCAAACGGUUGACGGGCAAUAAGGCACCGCAGCUAAAGCGACUCACGCAAUGGUUGGCCGACAAUCCGGCGUACGAGAUCGAUCCGAAGUGGGCCGAAUCAAUAACGCUCCCCGGAGGGCCAGCCACCAUAGCAUCCGCCAAGAGUUCCGAGGGCGGUUCAACCGCGAAGCAAAUGCGGGGGGCAGCAAACGCGAAUCAGUACGGUUCCGCGAGCGCUGGUCAACAAUCGUCGGCAUCCGGUUCGGCGUCAUCCUCAUCCUCGAAGAAACACGCGCAGAGCAGUAAUAAUGCUGCGGCGGCAGCAGCAGCAGCAGCGGCCGCUGCCAGCAUGCAAUUCCCGGGACUGGCCGGACUUAACGCGAAUCUGCUGUCAAGCAUUCCCGGCCUAGGUAGCUUCGAUCCGAAGAACAACCCGCUGCUAAUGCCGUUCGGUGGCAUGCCGGGACUGGCCGGGCUCGGUGGGCUCGGUAACUUGGGCAACAUGAAUCUCUUCUCGAAUCUGGCCGGACUCGGCGGACUGUCCGGUGCGGCGGGUGGUGGAAUGGACGCGCAAAGUCUAGCCGCCAUGAUGGCGGCUGCUGGGCUUGAUCCCACGGCGGCCCUCGGUGCGGCGGCAGCAGCAGCGGCCGCUGCAGCCGGUGGAGGAACCCCUACCAAGGGCGGCAGUACUGGCAGUAAAUCGCGCGGAAAAUCAUCCUCAUCGCAGCAGUCGUCCGCUGUUAACGAUGGUGCUGGCACGUCUUCCUCUGGAUCGGGUUCGGGACAGCAAGGAAGUGGCGGUUCGUCGUCGAAGAACCAGCAGCAGCAACAGGCAGCCGCCGCAGCUGCUGCAGCAGCUGCCGCCAACAGUCAGUUCCCGUUCUUCUUCCCCAAUCCGGGUUUGCUGUACACACCGCUCGGGCUUGGGGGGCUCAACCCGUACGGAUUGCCUGGGGUGAGCGGUACAACGACCGGCACGUCCUCCUCCACAACCACCUCGAGACAGUCGCAAUCGAGCAAGCAGAAUUCGCGCGGUAUGGGAUCCGGCGGAGGCUCAUCUCAAUCGGCAUCCUCACCGGGCGGCAGUGGUAAGGGUGGACGCGGUUCAUCCGGCUUAACCCAGCAACAACAGCAGCAGCAAGCCGCCGCAGUAGCAGCCGUACAUCAGCAAGCUGCCCGCGAAGCGGCACAGCUUCAACAGCUGCUUCUACCGCACGACACGCAUCUGCUCGAGUCGCUCACACGAUCCGCCGGGCUGGACAUAUCAGCUGCGGCAGCGGCUGCUGCUGCGGCGGCCGCCGCAGGCCAGGGAAGCGGCGGUGGCAGCAACAGUCGUGGCGGCGGAGGAGGCGGCUCAUCAUCGAGCGCCUCGGAAAAGCAGCGAGCGCGGGAAAGUGCUGCAGCACAGCAGGCGAACAAGCAGGCGCUAGAGAAGCUCGAGCGGGAGCGACGUAAAAUACUCGAAACGCUUACGGCCGGCGGUUUCCCGGCGGAUUUGGCGGCAAUGCAGGCUGCAUUCAGUGCGACCGGCAAGAUGCCUUCCCAUUCAUCCUCUUCGAAGGGUAGCAGCGGCAGUUCGGCCUCCGCACAGGCAGCCGCAGCGGCCGCAGCGAUGGCGGCAAUGUCAUCCAAAGACAUGCAGCUACCGAUACCGCCCGAGUUCAGCCAGGCCCUGUUUGCCGGUAUGGCGGCGCACGCCCUUUCCGCCUCGGCCGGUGGAAACAGUGGGGGUGGUGGCGGGGCAGGCGGAUCGAGUGGCAGCGGUCGAUCAUCGUCACCGUCGGCGGCUAAGAAGGCGCGCGAUCACCAGCAGCAGGACCUGAAGGAUGCGUUCGAGCAGCUGAGCAAAAAUCCGAUCGAGCUGCUUGCCCGCAGUCUCGGUGUUGGGCCAGCCAUUUCGCUCAUUCCGACCUCGUCGUCUUCCUCGUCGCCCACCUCGUCCGUUUCCGAAUCGAAGCGAGCGCGGCAGGAAGCGGCACAGCUGCAGCAUCACCUUGCCAAGCUCGACGCGAAAGCACUGCUGAUGGGAGCGGCGGGUGCGCAAGAUGAGCUGAAGCCUUCCUCUCGCUCGAGUCGUUCCUCUAGCUCGGCAGUGGGAGGAGGAGUAGCGUCUGGUUCGGAAUCGUCUGCAGCGGCACUGCUAGGGUUGGACAAGGUUACGUUAACACCGGUCGCUGCGGCUAGUAUCGCUGCUUCGCUUCCUUCGCAAACCACCAUCUCGUUGGCACCGUCCCCACUCCCCGGUGGAUCGUCAUCCUCGUCGCUGAACCUUAGCUCGAAGAGUCCGGCACUGUCAAGCUCAUCGUCCUCAUCGGAACAGCAGCGCGACCGGGAGCGAGACCAUCAUCACCGGGAGCGGGAGCGCGAACGGGAACGCAGCGAGCGUCACGAACGACACGAGCGGGACCGGCUCGAGCGGAUGGAACGGCGGGAGCGAGACGAACGUGCGGUCGCAGCCGCUGCCGCAGCGAUGGCCGCCGAACGGUUAGAACGAACCGCGGAACGUAGCCUCCGCUCGUCGGUGGACAGUAGCAGCAUUGCGGCCGAUCUUAGCCGUGCAGCUGCUGCCGGUCUCUCCGUUUCGCUCGCCACGCCUGCAGGGGGCGGCGGAUCAUCCGGAUCUGCUUCCUCCUCCCUCAGCACAACGCUAUCGCUCACGGCGUUAGCAGCCGGUGGCAGUCCACAGAAUCUAUCGUCAAGCACUGGCGGUGGUGGCGGUGGUUCCGGUGCAGCGAUUGUGCCGCCUCCUUCGGGAGAAGGAGGAACUAGUGGCACCACGUCAAGUGGUAGCGGAGGUGGAGGAGGCGCAGGUAGCGGUGGCGGCGGCCAUGAUAUGGACCUGGAAGACUUGAUCGCUCCCUCGAAGCUGUCGAAAUCGAGCGGCGGUGUGCUGAACGACGAGGAGGUUGAUCCGCAAAAGCAGAUCAUGCUGCUGAAGCAGAAGCAAAAGCUGCUGCAGCAGGAACACCUCAAGAAGGUGCACGAAGCCCAGGAGGCGCAGCGUUUGAUUGAGCAGCAGCGCAUCUUGGCGUCGGCUGCGGCCGCAGCAGCAGCCGCUGCAGCAACGAAACACCACAACAGUGGAGAUGAUCCGGCGGAGCGUACAACAGCAGCAGCUCCAGGUGGAUCCGCCAGCAAGGACGAGGAGGAUGGUGGUGGUCACCCGGUGAAACGACGCCGGGAAGAAAGUCACGACCGGCUGGCCGCCGAUGAGGAUGUGGAUAAAGAUGUGCCGGAGCUGUCGCAAGACGAUGGCACGAAACGGGUCCGGGAAGAAAGGCCACCGUCAAGCGCGAGCAAUAUGGCGGACCGUCAUCACCUUCAUCAUUCUGAGGCCGCCGCCGCCGCUUCCCGAUCGUACGACGAUGAUCACGAGAUGAUGCUAAAAGCUGCCGCUGGGACUUCCGAGUCCGAUCAUGAGGUAGCGGCGGGUGGUGGUGCGUCCCAUCACCACCAGGACGAGGAUCGCCGCCGAACCUCGCGUCGUCAUCAGUCGUCGUCCUCCGCACACCACCACCAGCUGAUGGACGGUGGCAGUGGCGCCGUCUCGGGUGCAGAGGACGAAGCGAACCGUUCGGAGUCGGAGAAAUCCAUCCCGGAAACAUCGUCGUCCGCCCGCAAGUCGACCCGUUCGAGCACGGAUGCGGCCAACUCGAGCGGUUGCGAGUUGACCGGUUCCACCUCCUCGCUGCUGGCAGGCGGCGGCUCGUCUGCCGGCACAACAACACCGUCCGGUGGACGCCGCACGACCCGCAGCAAGCGGCCCCGCAGCGGGGAGGACCUGGAGUCGGCGCUCGGUGUGCCGGAACGGAAGCGCGAGCUGCGAUCGAGCGCCGGACGGCAAGCGGCGGCAGCUGCGGCACGGAUGGCAGCGGAAGCGAAAGCGGCCGCCGCGGCAGCAGCUGCAGCGGCCGCCUUCUCCGACAGCAGCAGCCCCGGAUCGUUGAAUCUGUCCAAGGACCAACAGCAGCAGCACGAUUCCGACAAGGACGAUCAACCGAUUUGACUAAAAAUUAAUAAAUGACGCUUAUAAAUGUAGUUGUGUAGUAGUGAGAGCGAGAGAGAGAAGAGGUGGUGCGCACACAGUGGAAAUGUGUUGUAGUUUGAGGAGGAUAGUAUAGUAGAAGGAACUCCGGUAAUCUUCUAGAGAGAGAGCGAGAGAGAGAGAGAGAGCGAGCGAAUGUGUAAAAGAAAUAGAAAGGUAAUAGGUGUAGAAAUUAGUUUGUUAAGCAACAAAAGUAGCAGAGUUUUGUGGAGGAAGAACACAAGGGACGGUACUGAUAUUACGGCGGCACCACACUACCACCACCACCACCAACAACACCCCUGAUCAAGACACGACACAACGCCAAAACGGUGGGGAAGUAAAGCAUGAGAAUGCUCUGGUGCGUUUAAAACGCGCGUGUGUAUCGUUAGGGCUUCUAUUGUAUCGUGUGUUUGUGUGUGUGUGUGUGUUGAGCAUAUUCGACAACCUGGUGUCCUGUGUCAUAAGGAAUUCACCGGAUCCUUCCAUUUUGUGGGCGGAAGGGCACGGUGUGUGGCGCUCGGUUGUGAGACCAAGCUUGUUUAUGCUCCAGCGAAUGACGCACGAGAGCCGCCGGUAUUAGUAUAGGCGCGAGCACCCACACACACACACGCUUUAAGUGUUGUGUGUGCGUGUGUGCGUGUGUGUGUGGCCUCAUCUUGUGGGAUUAUCGUGCGCCUCUGGGUCAUUCGUGAUGCGGACCAUAAAUCUUAAUGGGGGGAGGGGAAAAUAAAAUGGAGGUAAUGUUCUAAGAACUUACAGCUUACUGACACGGGAAAGCGGAAGUAGAAUUGCGCUACAGUGAAACAACACACCGUACAAUAAUGCUCAAAAAAUGUAUUUGGCACAACACAACACAAUCAAGCAAACAGGAACUGACUUGACGACGCAUCUACAAAGAGCAUGCAGACGGUGUUUGAACGGGUUGACUAAACACAAACGAAAACAAAAUGGAAGAAGAGAAGACCUUUUUUGUUCACCAAUACAGUGACAGAAAAGAAGCGGGCGCGUUGUGUGUGUGUGUUGGCGGCGUGUGUGUGUGUGUGUGGUAUCGUCGUAUGUAUAAUCAAAGUAAGCUAUAGACGUGUUUAGUAACGUAAACCAUAGCAACACACUCUCACACACACACACACAGGGGAGUGUAGUGUAAAGAUGAAAGCCACUUACUAUGAGAAUUUUCAACAGCAAGAAGAGGGGGAAGGGAAGUGUUAGGGAAGAAGAUAUUUGUUUUUCCACACACACACACCUUUUUGUUUUUGCUCUUCUAUUUUUACAACACACACACACACACUAUUGGAUCGGAGGAAAAACAUACUACAAAACAAAACGAAAAAAAAUGGAAACGUUUUAAAUAAUAAUUAUAAUUAUUUAUUUUUGACAUUAUUCUGUUUUUAGACUCAUUAUGCAAUUAGUGUAGAGUAUAUAUAAAUAUACAUCAAUACAUAUAUAAAGUAAAGUCGCGCCGGUAGUUAGAUGGGGGGGGACUUACAGUUGGUUUGAUUGGUUAGAAAAGAGGAGUAGAAGAUUAGAGAGUGAGAGAGUGAGCGAGAGUGAGCGAGAGUGAGAGUGGGGAGGGCAGAAUACCCAGCACACACUCACACACACACAUGAAUCGUUUAUUUCCCCCAAUCUGCUGUUGUUUGCUGCUGCUGCUGCUGCUUACCUAGUAGGCGAAUAAAGAAGGGGAGAAAAUCGUCCAUAGUCGUGUGAGGGUGUGUGUGUGUGUGUGUGUGGUUUUGAAGGGGAAGGAGGGGGAAAACGAAGGGGGGAGGAGGGGGGGAAACUGUUCUUGUACAUAGAAAUUACACAUACCUGAGACACACUCUCUUAAUCUCAUCCUCAUUUUCCUUCGCGGGCUUUGGCCGGUGCGACGUUUGACCCCGGGCGGCUGGGGAAAUGGGGAGAGGGGAAAUGGAAAAGUAUAAAUUAAUAGGAAAAAAACAAACACUUGCAAACACUCUUUACGACGUUUUUAUUAAGACUUAAAACAAAACAAACAAAAGCAGCAAGUAAAAACAAUGGUCGACAAUUGUGUUGCGUGUUGGGCGUGUGUAAAGGAAAAGUUAAAAUUAAAGAAAAAAAAAUCGAAGAACCUGUAACUGUAGUAAAACGGAUGUGUAGGAGAUGGAAAAAAGAAAAACACAAACACACACAUACUAAACAGACAAACCUCUAAUAACAAACUUACUCUUUAUUCAAAUGCAAAACAAAUCAAGCAAACAAAAACGAAGAAGAAGAAAACCCCCGCCCCAAAAAAACAAGGAGCAAAAACAAAGGGCAGUAGAAAAGUGACAGGGAUGAAGAGAGAAGAGAAUGACGAGAAAGGUAUGAGGAGUGGAGUAGGAGAAAGGCAGGGGAGGGGUGUACGUGCGUGUGUGUGUGUGUGUAUGACGAUAUACACCACAUCCGCGCGCUUGUGUAUGACGAUUGUUUGGUUUGAAGAAGAAAAGUGAUAAUAAAUCUGAUCGAAAAUGUGA